AUGAAGAAUGUUACGCAGUACCCGGGCUAUUUUCAAUUGACUCUUUUUGCAGAUUAUGGACGUUUUCGAUAUUUGUUAUUUACUUUUUUCUUGGUGAUUUACAUGACGAUAAUCUCUGCUAACAUGGUCAUAAUAAUCACUAUUUUAUUAGAGAAGUCUUUGCACCAGCCAAUGUAUGUCUUUAUCUGCUGUUUGUCUGUGAACUCUCUGUACGGCUCUGCUGGAUUCUUCCCCAGGUUUUUGGUUGAUCUUUUGUCUGAUUCUCAUUUUAUUUCACGACCUUCAUGUUUCAUUCAAAUGUAUGUUAUUUAUACAUAUGCUUCUUGUGAGUUUACAAUACUCGGAAUCAUGGCUUACGACAGGUUUGUGGCCAUCUGUCAGCCUCUGCAUUAUCACACUAAAAUGACCAUAAGGAAAGCACUGAGUUUGUGGUUGGCUGGAAUCAGUUAUCCUUGUGUGUGCUGUUUUGUGGGUAUGUAUUUAACUGUCCUAUUACCUCUGUGUGGAAAUAAACUGCCCAGGCUUUUCUGCGCAAACUGGCCUGUGGUUAAAAACUCUUGUGUUGACACAACACCUAACAAUGCAGUGGGUCAGUUUGUGACUGUAACUACCAUCUUUAUCCCUCUGCUGUUUGUGCUCUUCUCAUAUGUGCAGAUUCUCAUCGUGUGCAAAAGAGGCAGCGCUGAACUGAGAGGCAAAGCUCUGCAAACCUGUCUUCCACAUUUAGUGACGUUUGUCACAUAUUCUGUGUCUGUUUUUCUGGAGUUGUCACUGACACGAUUUGACACAAACAAAAUUAACCCAAUAGUCACAGCUGUUUUAUCUUUGGAGUAUCUAAUGGUGCCGUCCAUUAACAACCCUCUCAUCUACGGACUCAAGCUGCCACAGAUCAGAGCGGCCGUGUACCAGCGACUCAGGAUUCAAGCCAAAACUGUGAACCACCUUUAA